GCUAGCUAGCGAGCACAAAGGUCGACAAUGAUGCGAUGCAUCCAUGGUCCAUCCCCCAGCUUGCUACGAAAGAUACAUAUCUCUAAAUGGCUUGGGAUCGUAUGUUGAUUGUCAGAGACGAGUCCUCAAGCGAAAUUUCUAGGCUCGAUCCGAAGAAAGGAUGGAUUGGACGGUUGUUACCCGACAAUGGUGGGCCCCUCGAUGCACCGCUGUCCGAGGAGUCCUCUUUGUCCUUGUUUUCGUGUUCCUGCAGAGCAUUGACUCGAUAGAUCUACCAGUGUACCAACGAUGCAACUUUGGUGGCUUGUCCAACGCCUCCUAUGGCCAUGGAUGGGAAACUUCCACUUGCCUUGCCUGUAGGAGCCACUUGGCCCCUCUCGGCAAUGGCCAAGAAGAAGAGGCUGAGGCAAGCGAGAAAGGAUCUCCCAGAGGAGUCAAUGUCCUCCUCCAAAUUACCAUUCCCAAACUCGAGCCUGAGUUUGUGAACCUGGCAGCUGGUCUGCUCAUGGCACAAAACAAUGUCACUGUAUACCACAUGAGCUUUUAUCGAGGAAUGCGCCAAGAUGUUAGCCAGGUAUUACGGCAACGGAUUCUCGCCAGAAUUCCGUGUGCACAUGUCGAUUCUUCGUUGGAACGACGAUUAAAGAUCAGACCUAUUGACAUUGCGGCUCCUAUACGUGAAUACUGCAGCAAACGAAUCAUUGUGACCAUCCCGUAUAUGGAGCCAAUCCAAUCUUGCAUUGGAGUGGCAGCACCGGCUCAAUAUCGACUCUACUCGAGAGUUUUUCGAAACCUAGAAGACCCAGACGAUAGAAUACCCGAUGUUGUCGUCACUGACAUGCACGGCUAUGGUGUUCUUUUCAUUGCUGAGGAAUUUGGCAUUCCAUCACUGGUGCUGGAGGAUCAGCAUGCCUUUUACGAAAGCACGGGACAACGGCAGGGGCAGGGUGGUUCCUUCCGACGGUGGAUUGAUAUCAUCAUGAUCGGAACGAUACGGGCUGUCAUGGGUACCAAGACAUUUACCGAUGUCAGUCGGUUCCGAAGUAUCCUGGGAUUGAAACGACUCAAGCACAGAGGAAGUGUUUGGAGUGCGGCCACUGCCGUCGCAGUCCUCGGACACGAAUUCAACGCCACCCUUCCUGUACCAAAACACUCGUUUCCACCCGUGAUACACCUACAAUCACCAAUCUUUCCACCCUGUUUGUCCUGCAUGGAGCGGUCAACAGAGCUCAAUACCACACAACAAAUCGACAGCAGCCAACAAGAAAAGACACUGACUCUCCUAUUUGUGCCACCACCAGAUUUAUCCGUAUCAUGGGGACACGAAGUGACAAGAGGAUUGUCCAUGGCUAGAAGGACCUUGCUUUCGUAUGACAAUUCCUGUGAUUCUACUGUUGUUUCUACUGCUCGCUCAACCGGCGGGACCUCCAAUUGCUGGCAUGAUCGAAUGGAUCUAAGAGUCAAGUGGAUGGUGGACAUGGACUUGGCUAAUUACCUGUAUAUGCCACCCAGUAGACCACCCGGUUGGGUUGAAAUCCAAAAUGCUUCGCUUUUCCUUGACAACCUGCUACACUAUACAAAAACAAACCAUGGCCCGACAAUUGUGAUGGCUCAAUGUGACGAUGAAGCACGGGCAGUUCUUCUCAUGGACGUCCCCAUCUUAUGCUUGGCAACACGAGGAACUCAACAAUCAAGAGAAAACACCAAAGUCCGCCACCUUCGCAAUUUUCAAGCUCGUGAAAUUGCCACGAAAAUAGUCAAUAUUGUCUGGGACGUGAGAGACCUCGCGCUUGAACCAACCUAUGCACUACACGACAAUGAGCCCGGCAGCCUCAGCCGCUUGGUAUCUGCCAUCCAGACUGCUGGGAGCUUGAUUAAAACUCCUCAAUGGCCGCUGCCUGACUUCUUUCAGCCCAAGAAAGCAAGCGAACUUCAAUGGGAUUUUUCGGUUGCCAUGGAGCGGAAAGAUACUCUGAUAAUUGGUGACCGAAAAGAGCUAUCACAAACUCACACCGUGUUUUGGUGGGCGUCUUGGGUCAUUAUUGCAGUGUCAACUUUUCUUGCAGUCGUAUCAUGGAUAUGGCCCUUGAGUUCCAGGUUUCUACGAUUGAACGGCAACGAACACCAGGGUUUGUUCGAUGGACCAAAGCAAUGUGUUGAGGCAUGGUUAGCUCGGUUACCCGAAUUCAAUACACUUUGGGAAUCAUUCCGGAAGGCGUGGAAAGAGGACAAGAAGGCACCCAAGAAAGUGAAGCAGAAAGCAGCUACUAGUAAUGGAGGUGCCAGAGCAUCCGCUAUCAAGGCCUCUGAAACUCUCCAAAGGAAAAGUAAACAACGCUAAGAAAGAAGCGACAAUUGGCGUGGCUUGCGUCGCGGAGGUGCAAUAGGCUUGCUGCUGCACACGCGCCACCUGGAUGGUUGAAAGAUUAGAGGCCGCUGCGCUACGUUACUGUUGGGCUUGCUACUAGAACAUUAGGCCAGCAGAAUCUUCCAUGGAUGCGCGAGUGGUCACUUGUUCGGCUUCGACUGCAAAGAAAUGUGCCCUCAUGUAUCGAACCGUGGCAACUGGAAUCAAGAAACCAAAUAGGUUGGUCGCCCAAUACGCUAGAUUGGCAAUGGCAACAGCCUGCCCCAGGUGGCCUAAUGCCAACGGUUGGAAAACCCAACUCCAUAGAUAUCCUAAUCUGAUAGUGUUGUAGGCAACUGGAAUCAAAAUGCGAAUGGGCAGUGGUGUCUUGUUGUCAUUCGUCGAGUGUUGCGUAGUCAGGUAGUUUCAUAACAAGAAAGGACACGUCUUUGAGUGAGAUUGGAAGUUCAAAAUGUUAAUAAGGCACCCUUCACAACUAACGUUUGUGUGCUUCACAUACCAGAGAUCGUCUCGACGCAGCUUCACUGAUGGCCUGACAACACAUGAAAAAGAUGGGCCUGGCACAUGCUCGGGCACAAUCCAAUCGGUCGGUCAAGGCAUAGCGCAGCAUCAUUGCCAGUGGCGCUGCCAGGCCCAACAAAGCUCCUGUCUUGAGCCAAAAGUCAUAACUCCACGAAAAGGACGUCAACCCAGGCCCCAGCGGAUUGGAGACAAGAUUGGGGACAUGUCCCUGUGGGGGCAAUGAGGGCAUCACUGGCGUCACUCCAUCACGUCGAAGAGAUCGUGCCCAGAGGAACAAAAUGACAAAGUAUCCCGUGAGAAAGGACACCAGUAGAGCAUCCAAUGGUCGAAUCAUCCCCGACAAGACCAAGGCAGCUGCCACGAGAAUGGGUGUUUUUUCCAUGGAUGAGGAGGUUGUCCCUUCGGAUUCGGUUUCUUCUUGUGCAUAGGCAGCGCGGCGCAAAAUCCUACCAAUGGCCCUUGGUACAUAGAUUCGUCGCUGUUUUUUGCUAUCAAUGCUUGUGGAUUGUGGAGUAGUGGCCCCUCCUUCCGAGGAAAGACUGGCAAAAGUCUGGACGACUUCGUCCGGCAGGAUCCCAUUGGGAAAGGAUUGUUCCAAUCGGACUGGCUCUUCGUUGGCAGGAGGCCAUAUUUCGGCCCCUCUUCCAUAGCUGGAGCUAAAGAGUACCGUCUUGGGAACCUUGCCGACUCGGUGUCGAUUGGGUGAGUUGUAUUUGGGU